UGGCAGCCGGCAGCUCCCGACUAGGAGGGCUGCGGGUGGGACAUGACGGUGAUUUCCUCCCUGCUUGGCCCACCGCGAACACCGACUCCCGUCUCCUUGCGGCCGCGGGGCUGCAGACGUAGCAGUAUGACCACAGGCUGGAAAGGACCCUCCUGUCCAGUGUGAAUCCUUGAUGCAGCCCUGAGAACUUCUGAAAUUUCCAGAGAAUUUGGAUGCAAGUGGACAUUCACCAGAGACUCUGUGGGCCCUAUGCUCUUAUCCACUGGGCGGAGCUCGAGUGUGGAUCACUGGAGAGGACCACUGGGCAUCACUGCAGCUGCAAUAUUUAGAUCUGAUUGGAGUUGGAGGGUGAAAGAAAAUGAAUUCUUUUUCUGAUUUACCUGCAGAGAACUUAACCAUUGCAGGCAAUGCGACCGAGACUUUGUCCUCAACAGUAACACAUGGAUUUAAUUCCACUAAUGACUCACCUUCAAUGUCAAUAACAAGGCUUUUUCCAGCCUUACUAGAAUGCUUUGGCAUAGUCCUUUGUGGCUACAUAGCAGGAAGGGCCAAUGUCAUAACAUCAACGCAGGCCAAAGGACUGGGAAAUUUUGUCUCCAGAUUUGCACUUCCAGCUUUAUUAUUCAAAAACAUGGUUAUACUUAAUUUUUCCAAUGUGGAUUGGGCUUUCCUAUAUAGUAUCUUAAUUGCCAAAGGUGCUGUAUUUUUAAUUGUAUGUGUAUUAACCUUAUUGGUUGCCAGUCCUGACAGUCGAUUUAGCAAAGCUGGAUUAUUCCCUAUUUUUGCUACACAAAGCAAUGACUUUGCAUUGGGAUAUCCUAUUGUUGAAGCUUUAUAUCAAACUACAUACCCAGAAUAUCUCCAGUACAUUUAUUUGGUGGCACCAAUAUCUCUUAUGAUGUUAAACCCUAUAGGGUUUAUCUUCUGUGAAAUCCAGAAGUCGAAAGAUGCUCAAAAUGUUUCUCAAAACAAAAUAAAAAUCAUGGGACUCGGAUUUCUACGGGUAUUACAGAACCCAAUAGUAUUUAUGGUCUUCAUUGGCAUUGCCUUCAAUUUUAUUCUGGAUCAAAAGGUGCCUGUAUAUAUGGAAAAUUUUCUUGAUGGACUUGGAAAUUCUUUUUCUGGAUCAGCUCUAUUUUAUCUUGGUCUUACAAUGGUAGGAAAAAUAAAGAAACUGAAGAAGUCAGCAUUUGUUGUACUAAUUCUUCUCAUCACAGCUAAACUCCUGGUGGUACCACUUGUGGGCAGAGAAAUGGUGGAACUCUUGGACAAGGGCGACAGUGUAGUGAACCACACAAGUUUAUCAAAUUAUGCAUUUUUGUAUGGUGUCUUUCCUGUAGCACCAGGAGUGGCUAUCUUUGCAACACAGUUCAACAUGGAAGUAGAGAUUAUAACCUCAGGGAUGGUAAUAAGCACGUUUGUGUCUGCGCCGAUCAUGUAUGUUUCUGCCUGGUUACUGACCUUUCCCACUAUGGACCCUAAGCCAUUGGCAUAUGCCAUCCAGAAUGUUAGUUUUGAUAUAAGUAUUAUCAGCUUGGUCUCCUUGAUCUGGUCAUUGGCUAUACUUCUUUUGAGUAAGAAAUAUAAACAGCUUCCUCAUAUGCUUACAACUAAUUUACUCAUUGCUCAGUCUAUUGUCUGUGCUGGAAUGAUGAUAUGGAAUUUCGUUAAUGAAAAAAAUUUUGUUGGACAAAUUCUGGUGUUUGUUCUAUUGUACUGCUCCCUCUAUAGCACCUACCUGUGGACAGGCCUUCUAGCAAUUUCUUUGUUUCUUUUGAAAAAGAGAGAGAAUGUACAAGUUCCUGUUGGAAUCAUCAUAAUAUCUGGCUGGGGAAUUCCUGCUCUCCUUGUUGGUAUUCUUUUGAUAACUGGAAAACAUAAUGGAGAUAGCAUUGACUCAGCCUUCUUUUAUGGAAAAGAGCAGAUGAUCAUCACAGCAGUCACCCUGUUCUGCAGCAUCGCGAUAGCCAGCAUAGCACUCAUGUGCAUGAACCGCACCACCCACGCAGGCCGCUACGAAGGUUUCCACCCGUCUCAGCACCACAAAGCAGCAGAGCCUGGGAAUGCUGCUUUUGAGGAGAGUCCAGUGCCCAUAAGUGAACCCGAACUUUUUACAAGUUCUAUCCCAGAAACAAGUUGCUGUGCCUGCUCCAUAGGAAAUGGUGAAUUACGCUGUCCAUCCACAGAGCCAGUAGCAAACACAAGCACCAGUGGGCGUGUGACUCCUUCAUUUGAGAAAAAUGAUCAUUGUGUGAGUCGCUGUAACUCCCAGAGCUGCAUAUUAGCCCAGGAAGAAGAACAGUAUCUACAGAGUGGAGACCAGCAACUGACUCGACAUGUGUUGCUGUGUUUACUUCUCAUUAUUGGCAUGUUUGCUAAUCUUUCCAGUUGUUUAUGGUGGCUGUUCAACCGAGAACCUGGAAGACUAUAUGUUGAGUUACAGUUUUUCUGUGCUGUGUUUAACUUUGGCCAGGGAUUUAUUUCCUUUGGAAUCUUUGGAUUGGACAAACAUUUAAUCAUCCUACCUUUCAAAAGAAGACUUGAAUUCCUAUGGAACAAUAAAGAAACAGCAGAAAACAGGGAUUCUCCUGUUCCUGAGGAAAUAAAAAUGACCUGUCAACAGUUUAUCCAUUAUCACCGUGACCUCUGUAUGCGAAACAUUGUCAAGGAAAGAAGGUGUGGUGCAAAGACUUCUGCUGGGACCUUCUGUGGCUGUGACCUGGUGAACUGGCUAAUUGAAGUCGGCCUUGCCUCCGACCGUGGUGAAGCUGUGAUAUAUGGAGACAGACUGGUACAAGGGGGAGUCAUCCAACAUAUCACCAACGAAUAUGAAUUUCGGGAUGAGUACUUGUUUUACAGAUUUCUUCAAAAGAGUCCUGAACAGAGUCCUCCCACUAUUAAUGCAAGCACUCUCCAACAGGAAAGAUACAAAGAAAUUGAGCAUUCAUCCCCAUCCACUGACACCUAAAUUAUAAAGGAGACAACUCCACACAGAGUCACAUUCUAUCCCCACAUCUGUUACUUAUUAGCUGUGUGACCUUGGGCAAAUCACAACCUCUCUGAGCCUCAGUUGCCUCUUCUGUAAAAUUUGACGAGAUGUGUUCCCACCCCAUGCUAACAUUCUGUGAUUUUAUGUGUAUAUAAAACACACAGGAAACUGACUUAGGAAAAAGAGAAAACCAAAUAAGAAUUUAAAGUUCUGAUAAUGAAUACAAAAAUUACUCUAAACUAAUUACACCAACAUUUUAAAACAUUGCUCCCUGCAACUGUUUGUUAUAAUUUCAAAAUCAACAUCUAAUGUACUAUUCCUUUGAAUUGACAAAUUUGGCAGGUGUACUACUGGCAGGAAAUGGACCUUACAUUAUGACUACUUUGCACUUAUUGAUAGCACCUCCUAAAAAAGAAUCUUAAUGAUUCUAAUAAGAGGCCUUCUUAUUCUAUUUUUCCCAUUUCCUUGACAAAUAGUACUCAUUAAAAACUAGAAGCAGUAUUCCUUUUAAGGUUCACCUUGUCUUGCUUUUCUAUCCAAAGUACUAAUCAGUGCCAUUAGGAGGGGAAUAAGAACCUCCAUAAACAUUAUUUGCAAAAUCCAUCAACAGAAGUAUAGUCUAAUCUUUAACUUUUGUACUAAAAAUAACAAUUUGAGCAGAUUUGUUUAAAUUUUAUCAACAAAAUUAUUGCUGUGUGAUGUAUCAUUUCUGGUGUUUGCAGAAAGCUUCACCGUGCAGGAGAACUCUGUUACCUUAUUCCCUGCCGUUAAAAAGAAGUUCAAGGGGCCAGCCCGGUGGUGCAGCGGUUAAGUGCACGCGCUCCGCUUCGGUGGCCCAGUGUUUGCAGGUUCGGAUCCCAGGCACACACCAAUGCACCGCUUGUCAAGCCAUACUGUGGCAGCGUCCCAUAUAAAGUAGAGGAAGAUGGGCACAGAUGUUAGCCCAGGGCCAAUCUUCCUCAGCAAAAAAAAAGAAGUUCAAGCCAGGAUUUUAAAAUUCUAAGCCUAACAUCCUACUUUUACAUUUAGAAUUUAGUCUUUUUUAAGUGUCCAUGUAUAAAAAUCUAUAAAUUUGAAAAUCACUAAAUGUUGCCCUCAGAUAAGCUUUAUCUUCAGUAAGUCACAUGACCUUUGAACCUCCACUUAAUUAUUAGGUGUCAGUGCUGGUUUAACUUAUUUAAAAAAUGUUUCAAGUAUUUAUUUAUCUCAUACUUUUAGUGUCUCAAAUGUAAAAGCCAUUUAGAAAAUAAUUUACAGAGUAAAGUCAAUGCCCUUUUAAUGUAACAAAUAUGUAAUUUUUUUAAAACUUGCAUGGAAGCCUAGUGUAUUUAACAAUAAAUUAUGCUUUAGUGUGUAGUAUUAACCUAUACCAAUUUUAAGUUAUGAUAAGGGAAAGAGGAUGUUUGUCAGCAGAACUGUCUUGCUGUAGCACUUUUUUUUUUUUUAAUAUGCCCACAUUAUAACUCUCAUUAUAAUGCUCAGGAGUCAGCAUAAAGCCUCGUUGCUGUACCAGGAGACUUUCCCAGUCACAGCAAUAGGAUACUGAUUCACAUGCAUGCAGGCAACUCAGACUCAAGUGGAGAAACUUGCGUUUGUGAACAAGUCACACUACACAUGUCCUAUUAUGUGCAUGAAGGGAAGUGGCAACAUCUUUUCCCAUGGGAAACACUAAGAGAAAACCCUGGAUCAGAAUGAUCUGCAGUUUCAGAUAAUGAAGGCUUUUAAGAGAUGUUUUUAGGAUUAAGGAUAUGCUAAUUUUAUUAAAUGAAAAUAUUUGUAACUUUUACUCAUACUGACAAAGCAAGUUUCUCAAUAAAAUACCUAUUUUA